GCCUUGUUGCUUUAUUCCCCCACAAUCAUGUCCGGCCACGCCAAUGCAGAGUACUCGGGGAAGGACAUGAACUAUACCAUGCUCCAGGCCUUCGAAUGGUAUUCUGAGGGAGGAGGAAAGCACUGGAAAACGAUCACAGAGAGAGUGCCGGAAUUCGCGUCCAUGGGACUGACUGCACUCUGGCUCCCUCCGCCAACGAAAGCAGCCGGCACCGAAUCCGUUGGCUACGACAUCUACGAUCUAUACGACCUUGGGGAGUUCGACCAGAAGGGCGCGCGACGAACACAUUGGGGAACCAAGGAAGAGCUUCUAGAGGCGAUCAAGACGGCGCAGGAGAACGGGAUCGUUUCAUACGUCGACGCUGUGUUGAACCAUCGUUUCGGUGCCGACAAGGCUGAGACAUUUGCUGCGGUCGAGGUGGACUCGAACGAUCGGACGAAGGAGGUGUCCGAUCUGUAUGAUAUCAAGGGAUGGACGGGCUUAGAUUUCCCUGGGCGCGGAGACAAGUACAGCGCUAUGAAAUACAAUUUCAACCACUUCACGGGCGUCGACUACAACGAGGAGAACCAGAAAAAUGCGAUCUACAAGAUUCACGGAGAUGGCAAAGACUGGGCAGAAGGGGUCGAUAAAGAGAACAAGAAUUAUGAUUAUUUGAUGGGGGCGGAUGUCGAUCAUCAGCACCCCGAUGUCCGCGAAGACUACCUGAACUGGGGCAAAUGGAUCACCGAAGAGCUCGGCACGGCUGGAUUCCGAUUCGAUGCAGUCAAGCACAUUGACCGAGAUUUCAUCGCUGACUUUGUCAAACACGUGCGAUCCGUAACGAACAAGCCGAAGAUGUUUGCGGUUGGAGAGUUCUGGAAGGAUUCACUAGAUGAUCUUGAGACAUACCUAAAUGGAUUAGGGACUCAGUUCAGCGUUUUCGAUGCUCCGUUGCAUUACAAUUUCAAGGAGGCUGGCGACCGCGGGCGGGAUUACGAUAUGCGAGCUAUCUGGGACGGAACAGUCGUCCAGAAGCGACCGAUUGAUGCCGUGACCUUGGUUGAAAACCACGACACACAAGUCGGUCAAGCUUUGGAAUCGGCAGUAAAUCCGAUGUUCAAGCCGCUCGCGUAUGCGCUCAUUCUGCUUCGUCCAGAUGGAUAUCCAUGCGUAUUCUGGGGAGACUUGUAUGGGACGAAAGGUGAAAACCCUCAAGAGCCAGUGUCCCAGCUCUCCGAUAUUAUUCGCGCUCGUAAGCUGUACGCCUAUGGCGAACUCAGAGAUUAUUCGGAUCACAUGAACUGUCUCGGGUGGGUCCGUAUGGGCGAGCCAGAGAAAGGCCGACAAGAUGGAUGUACGGUCGUCAUAUGCAAUGGAGAUGAAGGCUCGAAGCAUAUGGAAGUCGGAAAGGAACAUGCCAAUGAGACUUGGACGGACGUCUUAGGCUGGCACCAAGGCGAGGUUGUUAUCGGUGAUGAUGGAUGGGCUGAUUUUAUGUGCUCGGCCAUGAGCGUAAGUAUCUGGGUAAAGAAGGACGCAAAGGGAAGAGACGAAUUUGGACGGAAAUAGAUAGAAUACAGUGCUAGAUGAGAUCCAGACAUACAUCUUUCGUAGAUUAGAUAAUCGAUUACUAGACGAUCAA